CUAAAGAGACCCCAUGUCACAAAGCCACCCACUACUGCCAAAUAUCAUAUUCUGCAGUUAGAUGGAUAUUAUGCUGCAGUCCUGGUCUUUGCAGUUAUGGAAACCAUGGUUAGGGUUAUACAUUCAGCUUACCCACUAAGACCUCUCAUCUCUCUACCUUCCUUUCUUGUUCUGCCUUGAAAAAAGAAUGGUAUUGUUGAUUUUUCCGAGGAAUGGGGAGGGCAUCCUAACUUGACAGGCUGUCAGCCUUCUCAUGCUUCAAGACAGGGCCAAUCAGAUUUCAGACUUGUAUAUACUAUGCUGCGCCAGCCACACCCAACCCAGUUCCAGUCCUGUCUCGCUUCAAGACGGUCCACUAGUUGCCCAGUCUCUUCUAGCUUCUAGCUGCCUUAGGCGUGCUUUUCCUUGGUUAUCCUCUUUUUCCCUUUUCUUCUCUGUGUGCGAAGGUGGGAAGGGAGUUGCGUCCUUUUGAUUGUUCCCUGUUGAAAAACCAACUAACCAACCAACCCCGAUUCUUUCCCUCGUCUUUCUAUUCCCCUUUUUGGUUUGCAUCUCCCCACUUGUUCUGCUCAUGGAGCUUUCACAUUGUGGCAACAUGCUGAAGAGUGCCCUUUCAGUGGGCCUCCUCUCAGAGGCUAUGUUGGCACCCGCUUCUGCAGUGUCUCGAACCGCUGCCGUGUGCACUGCUGGGCUUUCUGAGGGAAUAAUUGCUAAACGCUCAGAGAUGGCUCCGUGCCUAGAACUUGUUCUGCCCCGAAAAGUGGCAAAGAAGACCAAACACUUAAAGGACCCAGGCGUGGCCAAAGAGAAAAGGAAAUGCAAGCUGGCCUCCGGCGGCGCUUCGCUUAGUGAGAGGCUUCAGCUACAGGCAGUACAGGCGCAGCUAUCACCAACGGCAGUCUCUGAGAUUUCCGCCAAAACCACGGUGGCCAUUUUGGUCUGUCCUCAGCCUGUGCCUGUUUUGAAGGCUUUGCCUUCAGUCUUGCCACUCGCUGCUUCUGCACUCCUACAGGGGGUGCGCUCAGAAACACCUGAGACUAUUACCAGCCCUAAGAAGGAGGCUUUGUCAGCCGCUAUUCCCGUUGUAGAUGCUUCUGUGGCACAAUUGGUGUCAGGUGCAUUGCUGAAUAAGGAAGGCGGCGAGUUUUUAAAGUCACCCGAGGAGGAGAAGAAGGCAGAUCAUCUUCUACGAAAAGGUCACGAGGCCUCGGCCACUGUCAUUAAAGCAGCGACUACCAGUUCAAUCUUUGCUAGGGCAUCCAUUCUUUGGGAAAAAGAACUGAUAAAAUUGGUGCCUCCAGAAAUGUUACACUUCAGCAAGGUCUUUAUAAAUUGGCCAGGCCAUCCGCUCUUAUGGUUGACUCGAGCCUUGAUUGUCUGCAACACGCCUCCCGUGCCAUGGCAGCAGGGGUGGCUGUCAGGAGAGUCUUAUGGCCGAGACACUGGAAAGUAGACAGAAAGUCAAAAGUUGCCUUGGCUGCUACUCCCUUUUUAGGGAGUAUUCCUCCACAGACCUCAAAAAAGAACAGUUCACACAUGGGGAGAAACUUCUACCAACAGACUGCUCUCCAACCUGAAUCCUCACACACCAAGUACAGCUGCAAAUGUUUCAGACUGGCUUUCAGGACUGAUUUUUCUUGUGCCAAGAAAUUAAAGAAGAAAUGUUCUCCUUAGAGAACAUAAGGUGAGCAGAGACCAUCAGAGGAAGCCAUUUGGAGCAGGAAGCGGAUGUCUGGCACCGAAGUACAAGUGCUCCUAGUUGGCCAUUUAGAGGGCCAUAGGAAGGCAGUCUGACAUUUCAACACUUCUCGCUGUUUGCACUAGUUCACCAACAGAAUUCCCAUCCAGCUGAAAGGAUGUACCACGAUCGCACAAGAACUUCAUACAAGAACCACACUUGUUGUGAGGCACCCCUAUGAGCAGGAAGGAAAUAUUAAUACUCACACCUUGCACUUGAGAGAAGUACAUAGGGUACUGGUCAGAAACUACAUGUGCCAGCAAGACAAUUUGGAGCCAAACACUGAGGCACACAGUCCUUCUUUUCCAUAUAGAACAGCUCUCCUCUUGCCCCCUUCUGUAUUCAAGCCCAUUGAGAGUUGCAUGUAUUGACAGUUGGCAAUGAAGUAUAGUGGGUGGUGGCAAUUUGUUAAGCCAGCUAGCAAAUUCCCUUAGACUGUAUUUAGUCAGAAAUCCACCAAAUCCCUUUAACUUAAGUCUUUUAAAGAUGUCUUCUGCCUGUGCAGAGUCAACAUCACUGUUCCCUCUAGCAGGGAUACCCAGAUGUUGUUGACUAUGACGUCCAGCAUCCCCAGCUGCAGUAGCUGUGGUUUCUGGGAGUUGUAGUCAACAACACCUGGGAAUCCCUGUUAGCAGAAACACUGGUCAACAAUCUGUAAAUAGGACAAUGCCUGUGAUCAGCACAAUGUCUCAGAAGGAGAUAUUGCAUACCUGCACAGGUGCUCCAUCUGAGCAGGAACUGCUAUUACACAGCCUAUACAUGAACAGGUGUAUGCAGGAACCCUGAUCACAGGGAGCACCAACACACAUGCAGCAGCACACAUAUAGGCCUCCUUUUCAUCUCUGCUUGGAUGUUGGAGGCAAUGACAAAGGGGUGGGACCCACAGGCAUGGUUUUGCUCCUCCUUCCAUGCAUGCACUCAGGGAGGGAAAUUUUGAAAAAGGAAAAUAGUCUAUCUAUACAUACUUGAAUUUUUCCUAGAUUCUUACAUUUCUAUGCCCCUGUCUACAGGCAGGCACUAACAAGGAAAUAAAUCCUCCCAAAGAUGUCUGCAUUUCAAAAUUCAGCACUAUACCACCCUAGCAUAGGAUUAAGCAUUCAUCCCUAACCCUAACCCAUUAAAGCCAUACAGAGCUAUCAGGAUAAUAUUCAUAAGGAAUCUGGUACCUAGGAGCUACUAAGGUCAUUCACAUGACCAAAAUCCCUGGUGGCUAGGAAGGGGUGGGGAAGAACACAGUAGGGAUGUGCAUGAAGCAUUUUGUGCAGCUGCAGGGGUCAGGAGGCAGAGAGCAGUAGCUUUAAAAGGAGGCAAGCAGGUCUUACCUGCCCCUCCGCUGCCCCUGCGCAGUACUGUUGGUUCUAAAAAGCCAUUGCGCCUGUGCGCUUCGACCUGCAUGGGAGCAGCACCACAGCCGCAUGGCUUUUUAGGACUGACAGCGGCGUUGCAGGUAAGAACUGCAUGUCUCCCUUUAAAGCUACCACUCACCCCUGAAUCAUUUCGGUGCCUCUAAUGAGGUGCCAAUGUGGUGAACACACUGGUUAGAUAGGGACCAGCAUUGAGAGCCCAAAGGGCUAAGCUUAGGCCUGUAUCUGGGAUUGCUGUUUUGCAAGAAACUGGAGUGUGAACUUUGGCUCUGCCAAGCCAAAGUAGCUGAUGGAAUUGUUUAUUCUAUAGUCAAGGCCCUACAAGAGGGGAAAACUUGCCCCUCCCUGCUCUGAAGCUUGUUUAUGCAUUACGGUAUGGCAAGGGUAAUCAUGGAACCCAGCUUGAAACUUGCUCAGAGUAAUCAUAUUUAGGAGGUCUUAGGAAGCAACAAAUAGAUAUCCAUACCUACAUAUUUUAGGGGUACAUUAUAUUCACACAGGUAGCUGCUGAAGCUCUUUGCAUGCUAUCUCUUAACACAUUUCUUGGAACAGAAGGGCACCAGCUUGCUUUGAGAUGACCACAAAUCUGUCGAUCUGUACAGAAACAGGAUUGUUUUGAGAACAUCAAAAGGGAAACAGCUCCAUCUGAAUCAGUAAACAAGUGCUGGAUAUGAACCCCAAGAACGGUAGACUCCUUCACCAAAUAUGGUAAGAGAGUCCAGGAGGGGGGAACUGGAGUUGCUGAGAUCAGACUGGGGACACAGAAGGACAUGAUAUGACUGUUUCUGAUGUGAAACAUGAAUAACAGGCUGGGAAGAAGGUAUAAAGAGGGGACACACACACACAGGGGGAGGGAAGGCAUCUUCUUACUCCGUGGGAGGAGUAGCAUGUAACCCUAUCCUGUGAAGGCAACUCGUGCCUAGCAGAUUUCUGGAACUGCUCUGGUCUCUAAGAUUGGAGGGACCUCCAUUCUUGCAUACUCGAUUACUUUGCCAAGACACUUGGACAGGUGGAUGUCUCUCUGAGCACUCAAAAUCUCCAUUCCUGAGCCAACACAGGUCUACUGGAGCUGGUAAUUAUACUUGCAGAUGUGCCUUCAGUCCAGUAUCUUCUAAUUAACAUCACUGUCCAACUCCCCACCCCUCGUCCCAUGGAUCUAUUUCUUUCCCCCUUCUGCUUCCCAGACCUUUCUUAGCUUGUGCCUGUCAGCUGUCAGUGAGUCAGCAUACUCACUUCAGCCUGGUUUCCUCCAUCCCUCCUCCACUUCCUCUGUUCUCAGCUCAUUCACUCUGGACUGUUGGCCUGAGGCCAGAAUGGGCACUUCCUCCCUUUUCUGCCCUUUCCUCUUCACUCAUUCCCCCUCCCCCUCCUUUGUCUCAUGCCUGAAUUUUUGUCCUGUUUUCUCCUUCUCUCUGCUUAAAAUUGGAACAGUAAAUAUUGUGUCUUAGCUAAAGAACAGCUGCAAGAUAACAUACAUACACAAAGGGUUCGUUACUAGUGAGAGGGAAAAUGAUUUUAACUGUUACUGUAAACACUACACUAAGGAAGAAAACCAAUUGAUUGCUUUUGCUUGCGUGCUUAAUUGCUUAGAUGUAACCAUUUGCCUUAAUAAAACUUAUAA